AUGGAGAAAGGUGAUGAAUAUGCGAUUGAUUCUGCAAACAACUGCGAAAAUACAAGCAAGGAGGAUCACAUCCAAUAUGCGAAGAAUGAUAAUGCGGUUGUUUCAGAACUUCAUACAAAUGCUACAGAAGAAAAUAUUUCAAAAACAGAGAAAACAGAAAAGGAUGUUGCCAAAACAACAAAAACAGUCACAUUUGGAAGUCCAACUGUGAACGAAGAAAUUUCGAAAAAUAUUGUUUUGGAAUGUGACAUUAUAAGGAAUGAGGAUAUAGAAGAAGAUAAUCGAAAUCCAGAAAGAAUAGACGGUGAACAAGAGCCCAUAUUGCAAACAACUUCAACUGAAUCAACAAUUUCGAUUCAAAAGAGUGUUCCUGAAACUGAAUACAAUAGAGUUCCUCAACCGAAAGAAAGGAUUAAACAUACCUUGAUAUUUACUACUGAAGGGGUACAAACCACUUCUGAAGUAAUUCCAAUCAAGAGGGGUCAACCACCAAAAAAAGUUAUAUUCAAAAUUAAAGGUGAUCUUCAUGGAUUGAAGGCGUUGCCUACAUUGGUCUAUGAUCAAAGGAAUGAAUCGGAAAAGUUGGACAUAUCAACUGAAAAUAAAGAAUCUGAAAAGCUGGAAGAGAACACAAAAGAGCCUCAAAAGAAAGAAAACAAGGAUGAAAAGUCACAUACAAAAGAGCAGGGAGAAGUCCUUGUGGAAACUGAUAAUGAAGAAAUAGAUGAUGAACAAGAUGAUGAUGAUGAUCAUAAGGAACAGAAUGAAAACAUUGAGAGCAAAAAACCGAGAUCAGCUCCAGGGUGGGAGAAUGUAAAGAAAUCAACCUGUUGCCCAAUGGAGAAAAAGGAUUCCGGGGAAGAGGAAGAUAAUGCAGAAGGUGAUGAAAAUGAAGAAACUGGCGAUGAUGAAGAUGAAAACAAUAAAAUUGAUGAGGAUGAGAAUGCUGAGAAUAAAUCUGAAAACCUCAAAUCACCUUCUAGGCAGAAAGUUAAAUGA